GUGGGCUCCGAUAAAGGGCAAAAUGGUCCUUUUAUCUAACAUCUGAGCUGCAAAUAAUUAGUUUAUUCCAUGCAGUGUGUUGUAGACCAAGUUGCACUUUGGUGAUGUGGUGGAGACAAAAUCGACUUUGAUGGUGUGUUCCGCACAAAACUGCAUUUUGAUGGUGUGUUAUGGACAAAUUACCCUUUUUCAUCUGGCCAUGCUCCCGGAUUUGUCGUCACAGGCGGGGCGAGAAUCUUUUAAAGCAAUGGAUGGGCCAUUUGGCCACGGACGGACCCGGUCCACCAAACUCGGGGCUGCGACCUGGAUUUGGAAUUUUGGAUCGCUCGGUUGGACCGACUGGCUGGUGGGCGCCACCACUUGAGAAUCAUUAGGACAGCAGCGUAGCGGGGAGACAUACGGAGUAGGAGUCGAUGCUGCAUUGCUGCUGAUAGGCCACGGCGAGGAGCCCGGCAUUAACUCUGAUCAGCGUCACGUGCGCGCCACGUGCCGGGCACCCCCGGCGCGCUCUGUGGCGCAAGAGCGACCAGCAGCCAAAUUACAAACUUCAAAGGGACCGCAGGUUCGUGUCCGGUCACGUUACCGGUGAUCCUAGUGGCAAUUACCGUCGCUUCCCGCCCAAACGGCCGAACCGCUUUUCUCCUUUCUCAUUUUGCGGUGAACAGAGAUGGUUAUGCACUGUUUAUCUUUCACAACAAUUUUAUCCCGAGUCAGGGCUACCCGUCUUAAACAUAGUGCAUAUGACUAGAGUAAAAUCUUAAUUCUAACUAACACCAACUAUUUGGUCCAUACUUGUCGUUUUUGUGUUUCAUGUGCUUGCUUUCUAUAUCUUGUUACAUUAUCGUUGUACAUUUGUCAAAUAGACAACUCACUUCAAAGCAAGUUGAAUUGCAGCCGUGUAGCCCUAGAUUCAAACCGUCCAAUAGCUCACUAAAUUCCAAUAGCUUGUUUUUCACCUACUUUUAGAUGAGUAAGAACCAUUUUUGCUUUUAACUUGAUGAUGCUCGUCUUUUCUUCUAUCUUCAUCUUCCUUUUUUCUCUCUCUAUAUGGUAUAUUUAUCCUGUGCCAUCUACUCUCUUAUCUUGCCUUUAUCCUCACAUCUUUUAAUGGUAUCCAUGAUCUCCCACCCAACCGUUGAACUAUAAUCAUUUAUGUCUGUUCCUAUCUUAGCUCUUCAACAUCAGUUUUUUUUUUUUGAAAGUUUCUUCAACAUCAGUUGUCUUAAUGACAUUCCCGCUAUCUUGCCACGUUGACCUCGCUCACCAAAGUCUAUCCUAAACUUAACAUGAAUGGAAAACCUACGAAGGCAGAGAAUGACGGUUGACUGAAGCUUUACUCAAUUUCGGACGAUCUGAUUAGUAUCCUAGAUAUGCUAAAUCAUCACAAUCACAUCCAAAACAGUUGCUCAACGAACCAUUCGCAUCAAGACUCCGAGAGGCCGCGGUGAUCUCACCUGCGGUGGUCCAUAACCCCGGAAAACUUCAGAGCUUUUAGACCAAAAACACCAAAAAAGGCGGCACCCGGGGGCGCCUCGGAGGAAGACGACGACGACCCUCCAAAGCAAUCCCACGAGCUCCCCUCUCCGUCUCCAUCCCCACGAGCUCGUGCUCGCCUCCUCUCCCCCCAAAACCCUAGUCCCCAGCCCCAAUCCCGGCUCCGCUCCAGUCUCCACCGCCGCGCCGCGGCAAUGUCGUCGUCGAGGUCGACGCGCUCCAGUAUCUCCCCAUUCCGAUCCCGCCGCUCGGCACCGCCGGCGGCAGCGGCGGCGCCUCCUCCGCCGGCGAGGACCUCGUCGGGCGGCCGCCCGUCCACCCCCUCCUCUACCGCCUCCGCGCGGCCCACCACCCCGUCGUCGACCUCCGGCGGCCGACCCGCUACCCCUUCUGCCGCCUUCGCGCGCCCCACCACCCCGUCGUCCUCGGCCCGUCCCGCAACGCCGUCCUCUACAGCCUCCGCGCGGCCAACCACGCCAUCGUCGGUCUCCUCGCGCGCCGCGGGGAGGGCGCCGCUCGUGGACCCGGCCAAUGCCAAGGAGAACAUCAUGGUCACCGUCCGCUUCCGGCCCCUCAGUCCUAGAGAGAUGAACAAGGGGGACGAGGUGGCGUGGUACGCGGACGGUGACAAUAUGGUGCGCAACGAGUACAACCCCAGCAUUGCCUAUGCUUUCGAUAAAGUUUUUGGCCCUGCUACUACGACUCGGCAUGUAUAUGAUGUUGCCGCUCAGCAUGUUGUAAGUGGUGCCAUGCAAGGAAUCAAUGGCACUGUCUUUGCAUAUGGUGUAACUAGCAGUGGGAAAACUCACACCAUGCAUGGAGAACAGAAAUCACCUGGAAUCAUUCCAUUGGCCGUGAAGGAUGUAUUCAGCAUUAUUCAAGAUACACCUGGACGAGAGUUUCUUCUGCGUGUUUCGUAUCUUGAAAUUUACAACGAGGUUAUCAACGACUUACUUGAUCCAACAGGACAGAAUCUCAGAAUUCGAGAAGAUGCACAGGGAACUUAUGUGGAAGGGAUUAAAGAAGAGGUUGUUUUAUCACCUGCACAUGCACUCUCUCUAAUAGCAUCUGGAGAAGAGCACAGACAUGUUGGAUCAAACAACUUCAAUCUUGUCAGCAGUCGGAGUCACACUAUCUUCACUCUGACCAUCGAGAGUAGCCCUUCCAGUGAAAGUGACGCAGCAGAAGAAGUCAAGUUGUCUCAGUUGAACUUGAUUGACCUUGCUGGGUCUGAGAGUUCUAAGACUGAAACAACUGGUUUACGACGCAAAGAAGGUUCAUACAUAAACAAGAGUUUGCUCACCCUUGGAACUGUAAUUGCUAAACUUACCGAUGGUAAGGCCACUCAUAUUCCCUAUAGAGACUCAAAGCUCACACGCUUACUUCAGUCUUCUCUUAGUGGACACGGACGCAUAUCUCUUAUUUGCACAGUCACCCCUGCAUCCAGCAACAGUGAGGAGACACACAACACAUUAAAAUUUGCUCACAGGAGCAAGCAUGUUGAAAUAAAAGCUUCUCAAAAUAAGAUAAUAGAUGAGAAGUCCUUAAUUAAGAAGUAUCAAAAGGAGAUAUCCUGCCUGAAAGAAGAGCUACAGCAACUGAGACGUGGUAUGAUGGGCAAUGGGUGUAUUCUCCCUACGGAUCAAGAAGAUCUUGUUAAUCUAAAACUCCAGCUUGAAGCUGGGCAAGUCAAACUUCAAUCGAGGCUAGAACAGGAAGAGGAAGCAAAAGCAGCACUGAUGGGUAGAAUUCAGAGGCUAACAAAAUUAAUAUUGGUAUCAACCAAAAGUUCGAUAUCCUCAAAUGUUUCAGGAAAGACUAACUUCCGUCGGCGGCAUUCGUUUGGUGAAGAUGAGCUUGUGUAUUUGCCAGAUCGAAAGCGGGAAUACUUUGUAGAUGAUGAUGAUAUCAGCCUUGAUUCAGAGCUUUCGCUUGAAGGGAAACUUGAUGCGAACAAUCCUGAUGAGUCAGCCAGGUUUGAUAGAAGGCAUCGUAAACGUGGAAUGCUUGGUUGGUUCAAACUAAAGAAGUGUGACCAACUAUCGGGGUUAUCAUCCAGUGUGGAUGGCGAUAGCAAUGCUAGUGGCUCACCUUCCUGCCCUAAAUCAUCACAACAAAAAAACUUGCUGCUUGACCUGAAGGAUGGUCGAAGGAAAUCAAUGACCAGGAAAGGAGAUGACCCGACACUUGCUGAUUCUUUUCUUGAAAGGACUCAAGCUGGUGACUUAUUUAGUGCUGCGUCCAGAGCACGUCACCCUCUACCAAGUGGAACAACCAUUGUGGAUCAAAUAGAUCUUCUACAAGAGCAGGUCAAAAUGCUGGCUGGGGAAGUGGCACUUUGUACAAGCUCACUCAAAAGGCUGUCAGAGCAAGCAGCCAACAACCCUGAUGAUGUGCAAAUUCAGGAGCAAAUUGAGAAGUUGAAAGACGAAAUCACUGAAAAGAAGUCACAUAUACAUUUGCUAGAGCAGCGGAUGGUUCAAUCACUUGAAACUACAGAAGACCCAGCAAAUAAGAUAGAGUUGUCUCAGACUUUUUCAAAGUUGAGCACACAGUUGAGCGAGAAGACAUUUGAACUGGAGAUUAUGUCUGCGGAUAACAGAAUUCUCCAAGACCAGCUACAAGCUAAGGUAACAGAAAAUGCAGAACUCAGGGAAACAGUUGGACAAUUGAGGCAAGAAAUCAGUAGCUUGAAGGCUGCCAAAAGUGAGGAUAGUUUUGCCAGUGUGCAGUCUAGUGAACCAUCAACAGCGAGCACUGAUACUAGGGAUAACACAAAUGAACUCUCAAACCAUGCAAAUGUGUCCCCUAGAACAACUGAAGGAAACGAGUCAGGAUUAAUAUCUCAAGUGCUCAAGCAGGCUUCAGAAAUUGAAAGUUUGAAGCAAGAAAAUCUGAGGUUGGCAGAAGAGAAGGAUGGACUGGAAAUUCACAGUCAAAAGCUGGCUGAGGAAUCGUCCUAUGCUAAAGAAUUGGCAUCUGCUGCUGCAGUUGAACUAAAAAAAUUGGCAGAAGAAGUCACCAGGCUUUCUUAUGAAAAUGCAAAGCUGAGCGCAGACUUAGCUGCGGCAAAGGAGCAGAUUGCAUCAGUUUCAAGGAGCAACAUUCACAAUGACACAAAACGAUGUGAUCAAGAGAAUGGAAUUCUAGUGGAAGAGUUGCAGAAAGAGCUGGUUGCUAGUUGUCAGCGGGAGGCUGUAUUAGAGGACACACUAUCUCAAAAGGAUCGAAGAGAGAGUGAGCUUCUAAAGCUAAUUGACUAUGCAAAAUGCCGUGAGCAUGAGUUGGAAACCGAGCUGGCAAGUAUGUGGAUCCUUGUUUCAAAAAUAAAGAAAGAAAGCUCUCAAGAGGAUGUAUUUGAAUUCAAAGCAAAGCAAAACGGCGUCCACCCAUCUAAGUCUGAUAGUGGCAGACUGGCAAGUGAAAUGCAAUCUUCAGAUAAUGGGAGCUGGGAUGGCCUCAGUACCAUUGAAGAAGCGAGAGCUGCAUACAAUUUUGAAAGAAGGCGCUGCAAAGAAUUGGAAAGCAUUGUGUCCAGAUUGAAGGGCGAGGACCUCAGGGGCCUGGAUGUUAAAGUCCUUGAAGAGCUACAAAAUUUCCAUGUAGAAGCGCUGUCAAGGAUCUGCCAAGAAAAGAUGGCAAGUCAGGCGCUAUAGCAAAAACCUCCCUGAGAAGCCGCUUUCCUCAAUCCUCGUGGAGGCCACAGCUUGCAUGCCUGCUGAUGUCCCCCCCAUGCCCCUGCGCUCUAAUGUUUCCAUCAACAGUGGGACACCGUUGCUGCCAUAACCGAAGCAACCCUGGUUAACCCGCAUUUGGAGACGGAUCGUCUGCGUCUGAUCGGCAGAAAAAAAAGAAGCGACAUGUGGUUAGACUGCAGGCGCUGAUGCUCACUAGUGCUCACUAGUUACUAGUUAGCAUGCAGAUUUCUCCUGUACAGCUUAUUGGAUCAGAAAGAUGCUAGUAACAUUAGGCUAUUUCCAGCAGGUUAACGGAUGCGGAUGCGUAUUCUCCGCCAUAUGCGAAUCGUUCUUGCAACACAAAAAGAAGUCAUAUCCAGCAGCUCGCGUACCUGAAUGCGCAUCUGAAUAGAAAAUAUCUAUGGGUCCUACCUCA